AUGUAUCUCUUCGCUCGCGCCGAAAGACAGGUUCAGGAUGUCUUCACUUUCUUCUUUUCGGAAGUGCCGCCAGACACACUGCCAAACAGGCUUCUACAAAUCAACGUCGCAGAAGCAACAUCCCCAAAUUCUAUGAUUGAAAAGUUCAAACUGGGGCCAUAUGAAGUGCCCCGUCUCUUUAAUGGGUUCUGGCAAUUAUCUUCACCGGCUUGGGGGUCCGGUACUUCAGAUACCCAGGAAGCAGCGCUUAUUCAACUUGUAGAAUCCGGCUUGAGCGCGGCAGACAUGGCGGAUCACUACGGCGAUGCAGAGUUGAUCUAUGGCGAUUUCCGGCAGCGGCUACCUGUAGAUAUUAAGGAUAUGAUUUAUGCCGCGACGAAAUGGUGUAUAUUCAGCGCUAUCAAACAGACUAUCAGUCGCGACUGGGUCCUCGAUGCAGUUAAAGAGCGUAGCCGACGACUUAGUGGAAGGAUUGAGCUUCUGCAGCUCCACUGGUACGAUUACUCCUCAAAAGAGUAUUUGACCGUUCUGGAAGAGUUGAUACUGAUCAGCAAGGAUCACCCUGAGCUCCUUUCUUCCGUUGGGCUUUGUAAUUUCGAUUCAGACCACGUAGAAGAAGUGUGUCAGCAUCUUCUAUACAAGACAGGAUCUGUCGGCAUAGUGUCGAAUCAAGUGCAAUUCUCUCUUUGCGAUUCUCGACCGCUUCAGAAAAUGUCAGCCAUUUGCUCCAAAUAUGACUUGAAACUUCUGACUUACGGUUCUUUUUCGGGUGGGUUCAUAGCCGAGAAAUGGCUUGGAGUGCCUGUCCCAGAGGUUUAUUCAGAGGGUCAGCACUUGACUCCUUCUCAACGCAAGUAUCUCGACAUCAUAAACUUAUGGGGGGGAUGGGAGGAAUUCCAAUCGCUCCUUGGAACACUAAAGGCCAUUGCUAGUAGCAGGAAUGUGAGCUUGACCAAUGUGGCAACUCGUUGGGUCUUACAACAGCCCGCUGUUGGCGCAGUCAUCGUUGGGACUAGGCUCGGCGUGACUGCGCACAGUGGCGAUAAUGCCAACGUGUUCACUUUCCGGCUGAGUGAGGAUGAGAUGAGAGAAAUCAACCACGUUGCACUUGGUCUUGGCAAUAGUAAAUGUUUGGCAAUGUUCCAAAAGCUUGGAGAUUGCGGGAAUGAAUAUAGAGCUAUGCAUUAA